AUGGAUUAUGCUGAAUCUGAUAAUAAGAAAAAAAGGUCAGCAAAUUUUACGAAUAACGACAAAGCUUUGUUGAUAAAUAUUGUUUCUAAGUUUAAACAUAUCGUCGAAAAUAAAAAAACAGAUGCGGUAACUUCCAGAGAGAAGACUGAAGCAUGGAAAAAUAUUACUCAACAAUAUAAUAGUUCUGGACCAUCUUGUCCCAGAGAUGUGGAAUGUCUGAAAAGGUGUUAUGAUAAUAGGAAGAAACUGUUAAGAAAGUCAGUUGCAUUCGAAAGAAGAGAACUUUAUAAAACUGGUGGUGGGUUGCCAAACAUUAAAGAGAAUAAGGAACCUGGCGAUGAUUUGUUAUUAUCAAUAGUAUGCGAUAAGGUUAUAAAUGGUUUGGAUAAUCAUUUUGAUGGAGAUGCUAUAGAACUAGACUCUGAUCACCCACAACCUAUUUUAUCAUCUACAACUAAACAAGGAGUCUGUGAUGAUAACAUUGAAAUUAUCUACGAGACUGAUGAAGAAAAUGUAACAAAUUUAGUGCAAAUGACUGAAAAUAAGGAAAAACAGUCCGAGACGUUUCUGAAAGAGAAAAAUUUCAAUGAACCUGAUCAACAGUCAGGAUUACAAAGAAAUUGGAAACGUUACAAAAUUGAAGAUUUGAAAUCAUAUGCAAGUGAUCCACUUAGACCACGCGAGGUACCUUCUACUUCGAAUACUCCUCAUCGAUCAUGUGAUACUACAUUAUCCAGAAGAAGACCUAGAACUAUUGUUAAAUCUUUAACAACUUCAGAGCUGUCACAAAAAUAUAAUAAAUUAUUAGAUGAAAGAAUAGAAAUUGCUCAGUACCAGAAGCAACAUUAUCAAAAUUUAAUAAAGUUCGAAAUGCAAGAACAUGAAUUACGAGUAGAAUUACUUAAAACACAAAUUGAAAAAGAAAAAAGUGGAAAAACAUAGUUUAGUGUUUUUAGUUAUUUAAGUAA